CCUUUCAAAUGGUGUAUGGUAUGUUUCGCUUGCUGCAGUGGAUGUAGAAGGAUCUCUGGAUUUGCAGUUGGAGGCACCUUCAGACGAUUUUGCAAAUAUCUCGCGACAGGAUUCGCGGAUUCCCUCCGUUCUUUUUUUACCAUGUUAGUCGCAUUCCCCUCUACUGAUGCCCCUCGUUUCACAGCGUUCCGAGCAGUUGUUGUUCGGCGACGAACUACCUUUGGGUUGACUGGGGGGAGUCAAGAUCUCAAGGCCCCCUCAGAUGUACGGAGUUGGUUUUCCCUGUGAAGGGAUUUGGUUUAUGUGCUUUAUUUUUGUUGUUUUCCUUUCUGACUUAUGACUACUGUGUUUUAGUACGCAUUUUUGCUUGCUUAGUCAGCACCCUUAGCACCCAG